GUUAUUGCGGUUGCAGGAACAGCUCGUCCGGCGCCGAUGUCCAACGCGAUCGCCGUGUGCGACGCCGCGGGAACCAACACGACGCACUCGUGCCGGCGGGCCUUUUGGCACGACGCCAGUUGCGGCAUUGCGUACCUCGACUACGCCCUGCCCGCGAUUCCGUGGCUCGUUUUCAUUGUGUUGUCCGUCGCGUUUGCAUGGUACACCAACGUGUGGGCCGAGUUCCAUCAAGGCAUUGACGACCUCCAUGACAUUCCAGCACAGGCCCUCGGCAUCGUCGUGGCCAGGCAGAAGCGCCAGCUCCUCGGCCGCAAGAUUCCUGACCCACGGCGAAUAUUCAUGCUGAUCGCCAUGUGGGCAGAACUUCCUGGCUUUAGCUACCUCCCCAUGGAGCUCCUGUACUACCAGCGCUACGGCACGUACAUGUUUGUGUCGGUCGCGAUCAUCCAGGCCAUAAAAUUCAUCGCGGCCGCGAUCUUGCUCUGCGUCAUCGUCAUCACGACGCUUCACAAACGGCUGACGCCCGUCCGUGUCAAGCUUCUGUACCCGCUCGUGUUUGAUGCGCUGUUUGUCGUGUUUCUGUACGCGAUUGUCGAUGUUCUGACGUGCGCCGAGCCGGUGGAUCGCAUGAUGCUGGUGGGAGGCACGUCGACGUGUGCAUGCCACGACCGCGUCUGGCUGGUCGCGGCGCUCGCUUCGUUUGUAUUUGCCGCCAUCUACGUCGGCGCGUUGGCAUACCGAAUACACUUGAGCGAGGACGUGUUUGGCGUGCGGUUCCGGUACCCCAUGUCGUUUUCGUUCCUGAUGACGGUUGUCCGCACGGGGACGUGCUUGCUGUACAUGACCAUCACCAAGCUGCUCGAGUCGACGCAUUCGGUCGCGACGAUCAGCAUCACGUCCAUGUCCAUCUACUUUGCGAUCUUUGCCUUCCUCCUCCGCUACAACUACCGCCUCCAGCCGUGCCUUGGCUCGGGGCUCUUUCCCAACAACCUCCGCGCUGUUUCGUUCGCCACGUCGUGCUGGACAUCGCUAGCUGUGAUUCUCACGACGCAUGGCCCCAACACCGUCCCGAUCAUAUUCGUGGCGCUGUACCCAUUCGGCGUCGGCUUCCUCUGGUGGCUUAACUCGGGCCGCGCCCGGCAGUACCACAUCCAGAACCAGUCCCUAACGGACGCGCUGACGGACCCGAACCUGCGCGUUCGGACGGUCGCGAUCGUCAGCAUCACGCUCGAGGAUCACUCGCGGUGGAAAGCCGACGAAAUCAUGCGGGUGCUCCAGCACCUCCAAGUAUCGCUCGCCAUGCCGGGGGUCGCCGAGGACGGUCUUCUCGUCGCCUAUGCGUGCCAAGCGGUAUGGCAUCUCUGCUGCCAGCACUACACCCUGAGUGAAGCGAUGGUGGAAAAGCCUGGCGCUGCCACGACCGAGUUGGCCCCGUUCAACUUGUGGGCCGUCCAUCGACACCAGCCAAGUGCGCUCUUGAUGAAGUCACGUCACAGCAACGCAGGCGCCGGUACCCGGCUCCAGGAGCUCGUCGACCGCAAAGCCGAAACAAACACGCGGUCCGGCAUUACGACCGUCGCCCCGGUCGUCGUCGGCAACGACAGCUUCAAUGCCCUCCGGAACACCCAGUUGCUCAAGCAAUGCCUCGAAAUUGUCCUCCAGCGCGCCACGUCGAUGCUGGCGCUGCCGUUCCCCAAAGCGUGCAACAUCGUGGCCAAGCUGCUCCAGGAAAUGUACCUGGCCCAGAACGUCCAGCUCACUCUCGGCACGUGGCUGAGUGUUGUGUGCACACUCUGCAGCAACUACAACCAGGAGGUCGCCGCUCAAGCCGCCACGUCCCUCUGCGCCACGAUGAUGCAGUUCGACAUGGCGGUCGUGCUGCCGCUCCUGUGCGAUUCAACCAAGCUCACGGCGAUUUCGCAGUUGCUCGUGGCUCCAAAUGCGUUGCUGCCGCUGGAACUGCUCCGGGACCGCGUCGUCGCCUUUGUUCUCGCGCGCGCCGCGGCCCAAAUCACCCGGACCGCACCUGCCCGGGACCCGAUCCUCAUGUACACGCCAACGUUUGUCGCCAACUUGACGACGGCGUGGCGGCGUUGGCAGGGCGAAUACUCCAUGACCCUCGCGUUGGAAUCAGUGCUCGCGCUCAUGCAGAAAGCGCAGGUUACGUGGCGCUCCAUGGCGAAGCGCAAGUCCAACAAGCAGCAAGAAAACGAAUCGUCAGGAAUGAGCGGCCACUCGGACGCCGCGCCACCAGAGGCUACGCCGCGGGGGUUGACCGUGCAGCCCGUCGUCACCGGCGCAGUAGUCCGCCGUGCUUUGACCAGGCGUGCCAACUCGUCCAAAGCAUUGCAUUCCAUUCCCCCCAAGGUCCGCGCGCCAUCGACCAAUGCGUUGCCGUCACCUUCGCGGCAUCCCAACCACCAACGUCCCGAUCGCCCCAAUCUUCCCGCCCAUAAAGUCCACCCGCGCCGGACCAAAGUGCUCUUGAUCCAGAACGACCCAUCGAGGCAACAGCCAGGUCGCCGGCGCAGCCUCGACGCGAAACCUUCCCGAAAGAUGUCCAAGACGCACGCUAACGCUGGACCUUCGUCCCAACUGACCAAGCUCAAAUCGCAGCACUCGCUCAUGCGGGGGCUGUCUCUGAUCUUUGACGCCCGCCACGGCCGAUCCCGCAGCUUCGACCACCGUCGCCAAUCCCGCCACAACAGCGUGCACACCGUGGUCAAGAACCUCCGCACCAAGAGCCUGAGCGGCGACUCGUUCAUCCGAAACUUGAACCCACUCGCCAAGGGCGGCGCCACCCACGAUCUCGUCCCGCCGUCGAUUUGGCGAGAUAUCAAACUCCGCCGCGCCGUCCGCCUCCAUCUUAUGACCCAAGUGUCGACGAUCUUGACCGAGGGCUUGUCCUCGAAGCUCCUCCCGCAGCUCUUCACGCCGACGACCGCGCAAGCACUCCACGCCCUCGUUUCCAUUCUCCACAGAUACCCCGUCAUGAACGACCAUCUCGCAUAUGUCCUCCAGCCCCAAGAGCUGCGGUACAUCACGUUCGUCAAGAGCUGGCAGGAAGCGCGAUCGAAUCCCGCGCCAGCGCUAAUCAAGCCUCGGCUCUGGACGACCGUCUCGAGCCACGUUGCUCUCUUGGUGGACAGGUCGCCGUGGCCCGGCCACGUUCCGCCCAAGAACAACGCGAUGGGCAAAGCCGUCCCGCCAAAGGCCGUGGCCAAGCCCCGCGCGCCAUCCAUGGCAACGCUGCAGUUUUCCGGCCUCAACUUUGUCACGGAGCGUCGACGGCGUCAUCGAUCUCCGGCGCGGCAUUCGACGGGACGGCGGCCUGGGACGUAGCUCGCGCGAUGUCCCUUUACUCCAUGGAAACUUGUCUCCAACACUUGUCAAUCGCCGCCGCGUCCACAUCGCAUGGCCGCAGGUCGUGCCACGUGUGGCCAGCCCUGGACGUGUUUGUUUUCAAAACGUGGCUACGUUUUGAACCGACUGCUCUUCCAUCGCGCCUGCCUAGGCUGUAGCCAAG